GAUACACAAAAAACAAAAAGACAGGAGACACGUGGUGACUGACUAUAACCAUUUUACUGCCAACGCGUCUCAGCAGUGUAUAUAUAGUGAGGAUGUUCUUCCUGGGGCCAUUUGAGGAGAAACACAGAGAGUCACUCGCCGGGUCUCAAGUCAGAGAGCAUUCACCUUUCGUAGUAGUGCCAGUACCCCUUUAACAACACUACCGGGGCAGCUAGCAACACACUACCGCCUCCUCAAAGGAAAAAAAACCACUAAACCGUCUCCUGAUAAUAUGGCGGAGUGGAAGAGAUCUGUCUCCAGCCCCUCCUCAGUUUCCGGUAACACAACAUCCCUCGCUCGGGCUUUGUCGCAGCCGAAGUUGAACCAGGUCGACCCGGCGGAUGUGUUCAACUCCCAGACGAACCUCGGUCGUGGAAACGCAAGCUUCCAGGUCCGAAGGAGAAAGUUGUCGAGCUGUAAUAAUCUGUCCGAGUCCGCGGAGUCCGUCAUUUCCCCUUGUGCCGAGGCACGCGUGUUGGUUAUCAACACGGGGGGGACCAUCGGAAUGACACUGCACGACAACGUGCUUGCUCCGAAAGCCAACGCUUUUGUGAAGGGCCUGCGCAAGCUGCCUAUCCUACACGAUGAGCAGUAUGCCCAGCAGACCUGCCUGUACGAUUACUAUGACCCAUCUGAAAACACCUUGGUCCUUCCGCUGCACAAAGACAAUAAGAGAAUAGUCUACUCUAUUUUGGAGUACUGUCCCCUGCUGGACUCCUGCAACAUGACCACAGAUGACUGGGGUAGAAUUGGGAAGGACAUUGAGAAAAACUAUGAGAAAUACGAUGGCUUUGUGGUUCUCCAUGGCACAGACACUAUGGCUUACACAGCUUCGGCGCUGUCCUUCAUGUGUGAGCAUCUAGGAAAGCCAGUCAUUCUCACUGGUUCACAGGUGCCUAUAUACGAGAUGAGGAACGAUGGCAGAGACAACCUGCUGGGGGCACUGCUGAUUGCUGGUCAGUUUGUCAUCCCUGAGGUGUGCCUGUAUUUCCACAAUAAACUCUACAGGGGCAAUCGUGUGACCAAAGUGGAUGCUGGGAGUUUUAAUGCCUUCAACUCUCCCAACCUAGCUCCUCUGGCCAAUGCAGAAGUGGAUAUUACAAUCAACUGGGACACAGUGUGGCGGGCCAACACCACUAUGAAGUUUCAAGUGAGCACUAAGCUGAACCGAAAUGUGGGCUUGCUCAGGCUGUUCCCUGGCAUCACCGCUGCUACUGUGAGGGCUUUCCUGCAGCCACCCAUGGAGGGUGUAGUUUUGGAGACGUACGGCAGCGGAAACGCUCCAGACAACCGUGCUGACUUGCUGGAGGAGCUGAGGAAGGCCACCGACCGAGGCGUCAUCAUCAUCAACUGCACUCAGUGUCUGAGGGGUUCCGUGACCACAUCUUAUGCCACUGGCAAGGUUCUGACAGAGGCAGGACUGAUAGCGGGCUGUGACAUGACCCCAGAAGCUGCCCUGUCUAAGCUGUCAUACGUACUGGCCAGGGAGGAGCUGAAUCUCGAGGCCAAGAAAAAGAUGAUGAGCCAAAACCUGCGAGGUGAGAUGAUUGCUGACCUUGAGGGUGCCAAGCUCUCCCUGAGCAAUAGCCGCUUCAUACAGGUCAUUGCUAAAUCCCUCAGCAUCAGCUGCAAGGAGGAACUGGAAGCUGUCCGGGAUGCAUUAACACCCCCACUGGCAUGUGCUGCUGCUAAGAUCGGCGAUGUGGAAGCCUUAGAAGCCAUACGGGAAAUGGGCAGUAACCUGAGCCUGGGUGACUAUGAUGGACGCACACCCCUGCAUAUUGCUUCCUGCGAGGGGCACCUCAAAAUAGUGAAGUACCUACUGAGUCACGGGGCCACAGUCUACGCUAAAGAUCGCUUCGGGGACACACCCCUGUGCAACGCUGUUCGGUUUAGACAUAAGGAUGUAGUGAAGCUGCUGAGGCAGACGGGAGCCCACUUCUCCAGGACCGAGUUGGAGGAGGCAGGCACAGAGCUGUGCAGCCUUGCAGCCAACGGUGACCUAGAGGGUCUGGAGAUAUGGAGCCUUGCAGGAGCAGAUCUGAGUAAACCAGGCUAUGAUGGACAGACAGCCAUGGGAGUGGCAGAGGCUGCUGGUAAAAAGGAAGUAGUGGCAUUUAUAUGCCAACUUAUGAGCUCCAAAUCCCAGGGUGGUGGAGUGAUUGAGUUCACCGUGCCAAGAACAGGAUCCUGAAGUGAAGCUUUGUGGAGCAUCAGGAACCGUCUUCUAUCCGUCUCUUUUCCUCUGAAGUCGUCCUCAUAUACCACUGUCUGCUUUCACAGUGCAGUGUCACUUUGUGGAGUUCUUCACAAACCUGCACGACUGCCUGCAUUUUUAAAGCCAUACAAAGUUUCCGUCCUUCGCCCCUCACAUACAGUUAUACAACUGUAGUCUAGCUGCUUCA